UUUCUUUCCAUUCCUUCUAAAGAAACACCAUCACUCUAACUCCACUCAUCUAAUCUUCAUCCGGUUGGACCCUGCUCGCUAUUAUUACCAUUGCCUUUUUUCGUGCCACUGACGCACGGUGUCCAGUUUCUGACGACAGGGAACACAGACGAGCGUACUAGCCGCUCAAGCUGUUAUUAUGGUCACCUUGACCUGGUCCUCUCUCUUCGGCUUCUCUCCUCCUCCUUCCUCGUACCACUACAUUCCACUUCCCUCCACAACCUCCACAGCAGCGAACAUACAGGACGCAUCCACAACCAUGUCAAGGCACUACCCAACACAGCAGCAGGAGCAAAUCGUCGUCGUCCCACCGAACCCAUCCAUCAACCAGGACAUGGUCCUUGCACCCCUACCAGCCGAACCCCGGGGCUCCAAAUUCAAAAACUUCUUCAAGCGUGAUAAAAAGGCCCGGAUCGUGCUCUCGGAAAGGGAUGCCCGUAUCCUGGCCCAGGUCAAGCGUCGGGCCAAGAUUUUGGAUACAGGAGUCAACCUUGGAUUUGCGAGAUUUGGAUUGGACCCCAUCAUUGGUUUGGUGCCGGUGCUAGGAGAUGCUGCGACGAUGUUUCUGGCCCUGCAGGUCGUUUAUACGGCCCAAAAGGCCGAUAUUCCCAAAUCACUUACUCAAAGGAUGCUCUUCAACGUCGCCCUCGACUUUGGUAUUGGUCUGGUCCCAGUGCUCGGUGAUAUCGGCGACUUCUUGUUCAAGGCAAACGACAAGAACGCAAAACUAUUCGAACAGUUCCUCUACGAGCGUGCUGCCACAGAAGCAGCCGAGGCCGAGGCGGCCGCUGCUCGGAACCGUGUCGCCACGCCUUCUGCGGCGGCAACAGCAGCUCCAGGAACGCACCAUCACCAUAACAACACAGCGUCAACGUCAAAAGGAUUCUUUGGUCGCUUUGGGGGCGGGCAUCAUGACCAGCAGCAGCAGCAGCAGCAACCGCAUCAGCAACAGCAGCAGUAUCAGCAGCAGCAACAGCAGCCGCAUCAUACGGUAGUUGACAUGGGAACGUCGAGUGCUCCUUCUUAUCCUCCUUCUUAUGCUCCUUAUGCUCCUGUCAAGUAGCUGUAAUCUUUUCUUUCCUCAUCUCUACUUCAACAUGUGUUAUAUAAUCAAGUCUUAUUUAUUAUGCUCCCGAAACCCAUUAGUUCUCGGGCAUAAAAAAAAAUAGUUACCCUGUAAGAUUUUUUUUUUGUUUUCGUACAAUAAAAGACAUUCCCAGAACU